CGUAUCACAGCUGUCGUAUCUGUGGUGGUAGCAGCCUUGCAGAGCCCCUCGACACUCUUCCUUUUCCCCCACUGGCCCUUGGUCCCGGUCCGUCACAGACCAACCCCGACAGUACUCGCUGAGAAUAAUGGAGAACAGCCCCGCACCCACUUGUCCCGAGGCACUGCCAUCCGAGGGUGGGCACAUUGACCUGACAGAAGACCUGGCCCAGCAGCUGGAGGACAUCAUCAGCACCUACCAGGCUGAUGAGAUUCCGAGUGAGGACGCAGAGGAGGUCAGGGCCGUCAAAGAGACGGACACCCGCAAGGACCAGAAACUGGAGAAGAAGAUGCUCAAAAACCUAGGGAAGGAAGCCAUGCUGCUGAUGCAAAGUUUGAACAAGCUCGACACUCCUGAACAGAAACUGGAGGCCAUCAUCAAGAAGCACGCUGAGCUGCUGGAGGAGCACCGCAGUGAUCAGAAGCAGCUGAAGGUUCUGCAGAAGAAGCUGCUCCAGGUGAUGAAGGAGAAGGACCAACUGCAGAGCGAGUACAGCCGGACGGUGCUGGCUCGCAGUAAACUGGAGGGGCUGUGCCGAGAGCUGCAGAGGCACAACAAGACCUUAAAGGAGGAGACCCUGCAGAGGUGCAGAGAGGAUGACCUGAAGAGGAAAGAGAUUACCACACACUUCCAGGGGACACUCAGCGAGAUUCAGGCCCAAAUUGAGGAACACAGCAGCCGCAACACCAAGCUGUGCCAGGAGAACAGCGCUCUGGCGGAGAAACUGAAGGGCCUCAUUUCACAGUACGACCAGCGAGAGACGAACCUGGAGAAGGUCUUCAAACACAGAGACCUGAAAGAAAAGCUGCUGGAAACCAAACUUGCGCAGGCGAACCUGAUACUGAAGGAGACGGAGCAGAAGCACAAGCUGGACAAAGAACUUAUGCUGAAACAGGUGACAGAGUUUAAAUCGCAAGUGAAGGUCAUGAAGGAGCAAGAGAUCGAUAUGAGAGGCCAGCUCGAUAUGUACUCCAAGAAGUUUGAUGAAUUCCAGGGCACAGUUUCAAAGAGCAACACUGUCUACAGCGGCUUCAAGCAGGACAUGGACAAAAUGGCCAAGAAAAUGAAAAAGCUGGAGAAGGAGUGCCAGUCAUGGAAGACUCGCUUUGAUGGCUGUAACAAGAGUUUGGUCGACAUGGUGGCAGAUAGAACGGUCAAGGAAAAGGAGUUUGAGCUGGUCAUUGUCAAGAACCAGAAGCUUGAGAAUCUGUGCAGGGCUUUGCAAGAGGAGAGGAAGAGUCUUUAUGAGAAGAUGCAGGGUACUGGAAGUCAACAGGACGUCAGCACUGCUGAACCAAUAGAGAAGGAGGUUCCUGAGGUGAAGGAGACCGCUGAAAAUGCAGAAGACGACCACCCAGUCCAGAAAAACGACGCCCCCGCCACUGUUGCCCCGACUCCACUGUCCAAGGAACUGACUAAACUGAAAGCCGAGCAGGCCCGUCUCAAGGAGAUCGCCAGUUCAUUCACUAUCUCUCAUGUUAUAGCCACAGAAACGGUUGAGAGCCAAUCACAAGGACCGUCAGAGGGCGUCCAUAUAGAGAAGAGCAACGGCGAGCACCUCCAGGAAGAGGAGAAGGCCGGAGUCCAAGAUCAGAGAGAUUUGGAAAUGGAGUCCGUUGAUUGAUGUUGCAAAUACUGUGACCUGCUUCCUGUGAGAUUCAUACAAAUAAAAUUAAAAAAAAGCUGGCUUUAA